UCCUGCCCCAAAAGAAAAGAAGAGGGAAAAAGAAACAAAAGUUUCAAAGCAAGCAUCCCUUUCACUUACUUCCACCGCACUCCCCAAUCAUUCCAAGAUGCCAACCUCGGUUUCCUUCAACGCAAAGCUCUCCAAGCCAUGCAAAAAGCUCCAAAUAAAGGCUCCUCAUGCUCUACAAAAGGCCCAUCUCCAUGAGGGCCUUCAGGUUCCCGUGCCUCCGCAAGGUUGGCAAGAAGAAGAGCACUUGUAGGGCCAGAUUUCGAUUGCUCCGGCGGGUGCUCUGGCCAUCGAGGCGGUCUGAAGACAUUGAUAAGGUUGGCGAGCUAAGGAGCAUGACUGAGAGGGUUCGAGCGCCCUGCCCGUCGCCGAUAACGCCGGCUUAUAUUAAGAUGGCGAGGCUUCGAAGGGCCGACAUCGAGGAGGGACCUGAUGAGGUAGAAGAGGCAUGUCGGAGCUUUGAGAAUUAUUUGGUGGAGAUGAUUGUGGAGGAAAGGAAGGUUCUAUGGAGAGCUAUGCAAGGACUUGUUCUCAAGCAGGGAAUGCGAGGCGACUGAUGAUAUUUGUGCUGAUUCAUGAAGGAUUUUAGGUCUGCAGCUGAAACUAAAAGAUUGUGAUUCUUCCCUUUUAUUGUUGGUUUGGAUUGAGAAGAUUAUUGUUCACAAUUAAUGUUGAUACUAAUGCAGUAUUUCUUUUUCAGUGUUAGCAUAUAAGCUAACCAUUCACCUUC